AUGGCGUUCAUGAUGAAGACCAUGGUGGGUGGCCUGCUGAAAAACCUCACCGGGACUGGGGGCAGUGAGGACAAGGGGGACAGGGAGAAGUCGGCGGUUGAAACUCAGGGCAUGACCAGAGAGGUGUAUGAGGAAUACCAGAAGCAACUGGUAGAAGAGAAGAUGGAGCGGGAUGCUCAGUUUACACACAGAAAAGCAGAAAGGGCCACGCUGUGAAGCCAUUUUCGAGACAAAUACCAGCUGCCCAAGAAUGAGACAGAUGAGAGCCAGAUACAGACGGCAGGUGGAGAUGUGGAGCUGCCCUGGGAGCUGGCCAAGAUGAUUGAGUUGGACACAGAGGAGGAGAAGGCCUCGGUCCUCAGGCAGAUGGCCAGCAUCCCUGGCUUGGACCUUGGCUCACUCAAGUACAAGGCCCAGGCCAUUGGGGACCUCAAACAAUCAGCCGAGAAGUGCCAUAUCAUGUGA